UUUUUUUCCCCCUUCCCUCCUCCUGGGUUUUUUUUUCUUUUAAAAGCAACAAUUUCUUCCCCUUUCCCUUCUGGUGGGAAGAGAUGGUUCCCCAAGGGGCGGAGCAGCUUUCUGAGCAUCCCCCUCCCAUAUCAAAGCAAGUUGCCCGUUUCUCCCCGCCCUGCAAUGCUUCUGGCAGCCUUUUUUCUUUUUUUUCCUUUUUCUUUUUUUUCCCUUUUUUUCUGGCAGUUUUCCUCCCCUUCUGCCGGCCUUUGGCAAAUCUCAGCUGAUUUCCAAACCCUCCCCGGCUGCCGGGGGUUGGUGCAAAGGCUCCCACCCAGCUCCCAGAGCCCACCAUGAAUCCACAGGCGUUUUCAGGCUACGUUUGCCUGCUUUGCUUUUCCUUCCUGAGCACGGCAAAAGGGGACUUGCAGCUGCUUUCUUUCCAGCCCGGGACCCUGUAUCGGUACCGCUAUUCCCUGGACGUCCAGCUGGACCACACAUCCACGCCAUCCCCGCCAGGAACCUGGCUGCGGGCUGAGGCAUUGGUCAAGCUGCACCAGCUCUGGAGGGACCAAGGUGGGGAAGAGCUGCUCCAGGUGCAGAUCCACGACCUGAAAGCCCAACAGGAGUCAGAAGAGGAAAGGAGCCAGGAUGGCACUGGAAGUCCCCCUGCAGAGAUUGCACUGAGCCAGGAGGCACAGGCAGAGCUCCAGCAGCCGGUGUUCAUCUCCUGGAGCAGCGGGAAGGUCAAAGCCUUCUACGGGGAUGAAGGAGAAAGCAUCCUGAUCUCGAACCUGAAGCGAGGUGUCAUCAGUCUGCUCCAGCUCCAGCCCCACGCCGGCACUGCAGUGGAGGAGGACGCCUCCGGGAGCUGCCAAGUCACGUACGCCGUGUCCAACCACUCCACCACGAAGACAAAAGAUCUCCUCAGCUGCACAAAGCCGAAGUCCGGAUUCGCCUCCGUAAACAAAAUUUUUGGAGUCGAGUGGCAGCCCACCAGCAAAAGCCAGUACAUGGUGAAAGACAACCUCCUCCACUCCGUGCUGGCCGAGGAAAGCCACAUGGUGUCUCCAGCCCUGAGGUCCUCCAUCGGCAUCAAAAUCAGUUCAAGGCAGCAGCUCCAGCUACUGUCUCCUCCGAUGCCCGGCCCCGCAGAGGUAGCCGGACGAAGCCUCGAGGAUGCGCUGGCUGGCACGGAGGGACGGCACCAGCCCCUGGGUAUGGCCAGCCUGCCCUUCAGGAGGGUCUGCACCCGUUGCCCAUCGCUGAGAGCCUACCUGAAGGCUUUUGACAGCCAGAGACUCAAAAUGGACACCUCGAAGGCGGCGACCACGUGGCAGUUCCAGAGGUUCACCCAGAUGCUGCGCAGCACCAAGAAGAGAGACGUUCUGCAGCUGCUGAGAAGAACACCCGAGGAGAUGCUCCCCUUCGUCGUGGAGGCGGCGGUGGCCGCACAGUCGGUGGCAUCCUUGGCAGCUCUCUCGGACUUUCUGGAUUUCGGCAAGGAGCCCAAGUCCCUGCUGGAGAAGUUUCUCUAUGCAGCAGCCUUCUCUCCCCGGCCUUCGGGAGAGCUUCUCCGCCUGGUGUUAGACAAGCUGGAUGGGAAGCAGCUGGCCCCCGAGGUCUGGGAGACCGGGAUAGUGGCCGUGGGCUCCCUGGUCGGCAAGCUGUGCCAGCAGAAGCUGUGUGAGCUGCAGGAGGUGGAGCGCGGGGUGGAAACCAUCCUUGGGGGGCUCAGAGGUGCCAAGGAGGAGUCCGAGGUGGUCAUUUACCUGCUGGCCCUGGGGAAUGCGGUGCUCCCCGAAACCAUCCCCAUCCUCCUGGACCACGCCGAGGAGGGUCCCGCCGCCGCCGCGGCCGUCUCUGCCCUGCGGCGAUUUCCCACUCGGCACAUCUCCGGCAAGGUGAAACGAGCAAUGAGGAGGAUUUUCCAUGAGAAGAGGAAAAGCUACGAAAAAACAUGUCGCCUGGCUGCUGCAGAAAUCCUCCUAGAUAACGAACCCUCGCCCAUGGAUGUCAUCAACAUCCUGCUGGCCGCCAACGAGAUGGAGACGGAGACAGCAACGUUUCUUCUGCUGAAGGUCCGGGACAGCCUGCGUGCUGACCACCACCACCCGGCGAGGAAGAUAAUGAGAGACAUCAUGAAAGACCCACGCAUAAAUAAUUACAACUUCUUCUCGAAAGCUGGCAUCUCCUCUUCUUUCUCAGGACCUCUGACAGUCACCCAGGACCUGCUUUCCACCUUUGGGCUGGACCUGCUGUUUUUGGAGGGUGGAUUCCUGAGGAAGAGCGUCUCUGACUUCUCGCUGCUCAGCCACGGCCGGCGACUUCACGCAGCUCAGGUCACUAUUGAAGCACAAGGGAUGGAGUCAAUGCUGGGAGAAAACGUCUUGGAAGGAGAAGAGGAACCAGAGCUCGUGGCCGGGAUGUCUGCCAUCUUCUUCGAUGUUCAGUUGCGGCCGAUCGUCUUCUUCCAGGGAUAUACAGACUUGAUGGCCAAGGUGCUGUUAAGCAGCGGAGAACCCACAAGCGUGGUCAAAGGGAACCUCCUGCUGAUGGACCAUCACCAGGUCAUUCCUCUGCAGUCUGGCCUCCAAGUGGCCAUCAAACUCCAGGGCGGGCUGGGGCUUGACAUUUCAGCCGACAUGGACGUGAGCAUUUGGGAGCAGGAAUUGAAAACCAGCAUCAACGCGAGGGGAAGCCUUGCCAUUGAUUUCCAGGCAGAACUAGACGCCCCUUUCCUCCAAGCCACCUUGAGAAGUCAGACGGAGGCAGAGACCUCAAUCCACUUUGACACCACGCUGAGGUUUUCCAGCAGCCCGGUGCUCAUGUGCCUGCAGCUGAGAGAGGAGCAGGUCCCAUACAGAGAAAUCUUCACAGUUUCCAAGUCUGCUGGGAACCAGAGCAGCACCGCUCGAAAAGGCAGGAAGGGCACCGUGCCCGGGCGGGAGUUUGCCUUGCACCGGGCCAACUCCAAGGUCUGCAACCUCCUGAUGACGGCAGAAGAGUAGGGGAGUCGGAGCACUUUGGGACUGGAUAAGUGCCCCCUCUCCUGCCACACACCUCAGUUCUCUCUGAACUCCCAAGGACUCUGUCCAACUCCUCCACAAUCAUCUUUUAAUAAGAAAAACGUUGCAAGAAGGGCACCAGAAGAGACCACGAGAGGAACUGCUGCAGGACAGCCAGAGGCACCCCUUGCUCGGGGCUGGAGGAGCCAAACCUGCCCUCCCCACCCCAAACACUGAGAUUUCCCCCGCCUGAACUCUUCCCUUUCAUGGGGAAGGGCUUGCUGGAAGCCAAACUGGUCCUUGUGAAAAACAGCCUUCUUUUGCUAAUGAAUUAGUUUCUCAGAGCCCAACAGAGGGCUGAGCCUGUACCCAAAAAUGCCAUGUUUUCUCCAAAUUUAUCAAAGCAGCCAGCAGGGAGGAGGUUCCAAACGAAGGGAGUGAAUGACCCCUCCUUUAAUGCACAGUUUUGCCAUUGACAAAUUGCCCAGGAACGGGGAAAAAAUUAUUUCAGGAGGAGGUGUGGGGUUUUUUAAUUAUUUUUUUAACGCAACCACAGAGACAUUCACCGCAGAAUAAUCCUCAGAUUAGAGAAAGGCAGAGAAGCGAGACAAAAUGCUUCGUAACCUGUUGCCAAUUACUGUACCUUCUUCCCAGAUUAAUGGAAGGUGUUUGCAUUUAUUUGCAAUACAAAGGCAACUCAGCUCCCUGAGCACAAGCAUUUUAGUGCUUGCAAAGAGUGGAGUAAAAAGGUGUUUUGAGAUUAUCGGGACUCCCAGCAUGGGACAAAGACACUGGAGGUAGAGAAAUUACCACUCUAACAGGGGCAGCACGCAGAGCUGGAUCUGAAGUCAGCAAUGCUCAGCUGGGGAACCAAAUGAUUUCAAGCCAUGGGCACAAGCUGCCAAGGUGUUUGGAAAGUUCUGCGCCCUUUGGGUAUUAUUUUUUUAAUGAGUUAUUGGCAGUUCGGUCCAUCCUAUAGGGCAAAGAGAGAUGCUGGUUGCCAUGGAGGGCAAGAGAUGAUGUUUGCCCGACGUGGCCCUUUCGGGAUUUGAGAAUCUGUCGCAGAGAGCUUGGGCAAACAUUACAAAGCUGUUGCUUCAGGUAAUCAUCCUUUGGGGUGGGCGUUAUUCAACCCAGACUGGAGAAGUUAAAUAGAGGGGUCACACCUCCACCCCAUCCUCUUCCUCCUCUUUAUAGGAGCCAGCAGAUACUAGAUGUGCCUUUUGCAGAUGCAGAACCCAUCUACUGAGAGGUGGCUUCUGCCUAGAGCCUCUCGUCUUCUUUUUUGAUCCAAAGUUUACAUAUUAAUGGAGAAGCCUCUGGCCCCUUUUAUCGCCUGAACAGCAGUUCCCCUUCUCUUCUAAUCGAGGCAGCAGAUGGAGAUAAGAUUGCCUCAACCCUACACACAGGAAGGCAGCGUUCCAGCAACAAAGAAAUACAGCAGCUUCCCUUUUCUGCUGAUAUUUGGGCUCUUUUGGUGACCAUUUGUGAAAAUUACAGCUAGCUUCAAGCAAAUAUUGUUCUUCUGUUUUGCAUUCUCCUCUCAAGUUGGAUUGUUAUCAGCCGCGACCACCGAACACCUCUCUGGCACUGGAGGGCGGCUCGCAAGGAAAAAGCAGUAUUUCUUCAUUUCUUCCUGAUAAGAAUGUGCCUUUGAAAUUUUUUUUUUUUUAUUAUAAAACAUGCUUUUUAGAAAAAAGAGGGAUAUUGACUUUUUUUUUUUUUUAAAUUAUGAGCCUGACAACGUAGCACCAAGUCUCCUGGUUUGGGAGAAGAAAACUUGUCUGGUUUUCCAUCUGGAGACACUAACGACGAACGUUUUGGUUAUGUA